UCAAAUAUCCUGCCGAAGAACAAGGCUCCAAAUGACGCGAUAUGAUCAUAAUAAUAUUUCUAUCCUUGUCAUCAAUAUUUUUCUCUUAACAUUCUUCAUUUCUUCUCUAUUCCAAUUCCAAUUAUCAUCAUCUCUCAAGAUCGGAGAAACAUGUUCGUUGGACGACAACAAAUGUGACAACGGGUUGCGUUGUGGGACAUGCCCCGCGAGUGGCAAUACCCGUCCUAGAUGUACUCGAAUUCAACCCAUUAGUCCGACUUCUAAGGUUAAUGGGCUUCCAUUUAAUCGGUAUUCAUGGCUAACGACUCAUAAUUCAUUUGCUCUUUCUGGUUCAAAAUCACCUUCUGGUUCUCCGGUCCUUGGACCGGCCAACCAGGAAGAUGAUGUUGCCACUCAAUUACGUAAUGGGGUUCGAGGGCUAAUGUUGGAUAUGUAUGACUUCAAUAAUGACAUUUGGAUGUGCCAUUCCUUUGGUGGCCGAUGUUACAAUAUCACAGCAUAUCAACCAGCCAUCAAUGUGCUAAGAGAGGUUCAAAAGUUUUUAGAAGCAAAUCCAACUGAAAUUGUCACCUUUUUCAUCGAAGAUUAUGUGACAUCCCCAAAUGGAUUGACCAAGGUUUUUAAUGACUCUGGGCUCACUAAAUACAUGUUUCCUUUGAGUCGGAUGCCAAGAGAUGGCGGAGAUUGGCCAACAAUCACUGAUAUGGUUGCACAAAAUCAGCGGCUUGUUGUCUUUACUUCCAAAUCGGCUAAAGAAGCUACUGAGGGUAUCGCUUAUGAGUGGACAUUCGUCGUAGAAAACCAAUAUGGAAAUGAGGGUCAGAUUGCUGGUUCAUGUCCUACUCGGUCUGAAUCUUCUCCAAUGAACACAACAUCCCGAUCUUUGGUUAUUCAAAACUACUUCUCUACUAAUCCUAAUGUAACUGGAGCUUGUAUCGAUAACUCUGCUCCUUUGAUAUCAAUGAUGAACACAUGCCAACAGGCGGCAGGUGGGCGCUGGCCUAAUUAUAUUGCUGUUGAUUUUUACCAGAGGAGUGAUGGCGGAGGAGCGGCAGAAGCAGUUGAUGUAGCCAAUGGUCAUCUUACAUGUGGAUGUCCAAACAUCGCAUAUUGCAGGGUCAAUGCAACAUUUGGGACGUGUGACAUACCUCUUCUCUCACCUCCACCACCUGCACAGUUGCCGGCAGGCGGAUCAUUAGGAGGUUUUGGCAACGGUUUCUCAAUUCAUGCCGCGGGUCAAAUACGAUGGCUUCAUGUAGCAACUGUUAUCACGAUGAUAUUGCUAGUAUUAUAGGCUAAUGUACCACCAAUGGUCUUUCCUUAAUGCCAUGGACUCGUUUUGGUAAUUCAUAUAUUGAUUUGGUCCAUGGUCUCUCACGUGUGUAUAUAUGUACAUUCACUACAUUGUUGCUGCCAAAUUAUUCAUAUCAUUGUUAUUGUUACUUAUC